UCCUUCACCCAACCAGGAUCUGGCAUUUACUGUUGGAAUAAUUCCGGAAAUGGAGGACACUGGACAAGAUGGCGCCUCGUCACCAGCCACCCCUGGAGCGGGGAAGUCCAAGCUGGACUCCCUGUCUAAAGAAGAUCUCAUCAAAUUUGCCAAGAAGCAGAUGAUGCUUAUCCAGAAAGUAAAAUCCAGAUGUACAGAUUUAGAAAAAGAAGUGGAAGAAUUGAAAACCAAGACAGUUCCCGGAGGGCCAGAUGAUGUUGUACAGGCUCUUACUGAUAGACUGGAUGCUGUUCUUCUGGAAAAAGCAGAGACGCAUCAACAGUUGGUUUCCUUGAAGAAAGAAUUAACUAAAACGAAAGAAGAAAAUGAGGCUGCUACCAAGAAAGCUAGUGAAGUUCAGCAACACCUGGAGCAGUCAAACAAUAAUCUAUUAGAAGAAAUAGCCAUAUUAAAGAGAGACCUUUCACAGUCCCAAAACAAUCACAAAGAAGAUGUGGACACUGUUAAGAAAGAACUACAAGAUGCACUCGUGAAACAGAAAGAUUUUACUGAAAAACUGCUUCAACAAGAAGACCAAGAUGCUCAUAUAAGAAAACUGGAGCAAGAGCUUCAACAUAUGAGUCAAGACUAUGAGGACAGUAUUUCUAAUUUGCAGAAACACUUGGAUUCUGUUACAGAAGAGAAGAAUCAUGAAAUUAUCAAACUCAAAGAUACUCAAGCAGCUUCAGAAAAGUACUUUUGUGAAAUCCAAGAUCUUCAUGCAAAGAUCCUGGAGUUACAAGUUCUUCACAAAGAAGAAGUAUCAAACCUAAUGCACGAGCUUGAAACUUCCACCAACGAGUAUGAGAAAGAGAAAAGUACAUUGCAAGAUAUAAUUAAUCAAUAUCUUGACAAAGAGAAAAAAUGUCAAGAGGAGAGUGAUAUAUCUGGUAAGCAAAAUGUCACAUCUCAAAGUGAAGAUGAAGUCCAGCAGUUAAAAUGUAUUAUCAAAGAAUUGGAAUCGCAAGUAAGUCUCUUAAGAGAUGAACUUGCCUACACAACCAAUUUAAAGAUUGGCAUGGAAAGGAAAGUAGAGCACUUAAAAAGUGAGUAUUUCCAUGAACGAGAGGAAUUAGAAUUUAAGAUAAACGAACUGCAGCUUGCUAUAGAGGAAUAUCAUAGUCUAAUAGAAAAAUUGAAGACAGAACUUGAGUCUACAAAAAUCCAAUAUAAACAACUGGCCCAGCAAAAGGCCACAGAUAGUCAAAGCAUUAGAGAUCAGCACAAGAAAGAAAUGCAUGAGCUCACACAAGCGAUAACAUCCCGGUUUGAAGAUGAAAAAUUGUCUUUUGUCCAUGAAAUACAGAUUUUAAAACAGCAGUGUGAAAAACUUCAUCAAGAAAAAGAUGAAGCCGUGAGCAGCUAUGAGAACUUACGGGAGACAUUUGUCAGCCUCCAGGCAGAACUCCAGGAUUCUGCUGGUAAGAUCAGCCGAGAGUUUAAAACUAUGCAGCAUCAGCAGGCCACAGAUGUCCAUGAGCUUCAACAGAAGUUGAGAGCUGCUUACAAGGACAAAAAUGACCUUCUUGAAACUGUGAAUCAGCUAAGGAGUAAAGUUGAUAUGUUGUCAUCAAAGGAAAGUGAAUACGAAGAACUCCAACUUAAGAUCACCAAGUUGCAACAGAAUAAUGAAGAAUAUAUAGCAUCUCUGCAUCAGAAAGAGGAGUUUAUAAAAGAGCUCCAGCAUAAGGUCAAUGAAGAUUCCAAGCAAAAUGCUGAGAUUUCUGGUCUCCAAGAAGAGAUCCAGAAACUGCAACAAAUGUACAAGAGUGAGCAAGUCACUGUGGAGUCACUGCAGCAAAAGGCCGAGAGCCAGGCAAUCCUUAAUGCACAACUGAAGAAAAACAAUGAGGAACUGACAAAAGAUCUCCAGGAAUCUGUGUCAUCCCAUCAAAGUGACUGUGAAGAUCCUCGCCUCCAGAUUACAUGGUGGCAACAAAAAAAUGAAGAGGUCACAGCUACUUUACAGGAGAAGGAGGAUUUGUUAAAAGAUCUACAACUGAAAAUGGAGGAGGCAACAAAGCAAAACUCUGAGCUAUCUUCUAAAAUGCAGCAUGCAAGUAAAGAACUUCUUGAACUUCAGGAAACAUUCAAGAGUGAGCAGGCAAAGGCUUUGGAGUUUCAACAGGAAGCAGAAAGUCAUCUCAAACUCAUUGCAAAGUUUGAGCAAACGGUUCAGGAGUUGACACAGAAACUGAGCAUUACUGGGCAGAGUUUAGAGGAGAUAAAAAAUCUCCAGCAGCAAGUAGACACCUUGCUUCUCGACAAACAAAAGCUAGAGGCUGACUCCAGAACGUGGCAAGAUGAAGUGUUCCACAUCCGCGAAGAGAAGGAUGUUCUUUCUAAAGACUUUGAUAGAAUUAUUUCUGAACACAGUCAUUGUAACGCUUCUGCAGAGGAGCUCAGUGACUUGAGAAAGAAAAUAGAACUGGUAACAGACCAGAAGGAUGAAGUAACUAGACUUCUUAUGAGUAAAGAGCAGCAUAUAGAAACCUUUCGACAACAGCUUUGUAUUCUUCAGGACAUACUGACCAUUGAGUGUCCAGAUCAAGAUAUUGUUCCACUUCUUGAAGAGAUUAACAAAGCUGUUCUCCAACUAAAGGAAGAAAAGGAAGAUGUACUGUCACAGAAAGCGGAGACAUCUGUUCAGCUCGAGAGGCUCCAUGAGGAGUAUGAAAUGCAGUGCUCAGAACUAAGAGACUUGCUAAGUGACUACUCUAAAGAAAAGGUACUAUUGAAAGAGGAACUGGAGGAAACGCUUGGAGAUAAAGAAGCGCUCCAAAAAGAUCUGCUGGAGAUGAAACAUGCGCUUGAAAAAUCAAAACUGGAUAAUCAAGACUUGUUAUCUCGUAUAGAAAGUUUAACCUUGGAUCUGAAUUCUGUACAGAAGGAGACAUCUACUGAUGUACAAUCUAGUCAACAAGAGGAUUUAAAGGUAGAAAAUAGAGACAGUACCCUUACACAAGAAGUGACUAACAGUGAGGAUUUGCUUUCAAAAUCUUUGGAUCUUCAACAGAAAUCUCUUAUAGAAGAUCUUCAAAAUAAAAUAGAAAAGCUAGAGCGAGAAUCUAAGGAAAAAGAUGAGAAGUGCAAUAAGAUUAAAGCAGUUGCUAUUAAAGGAAAGAAGGAGCUGGAUGCCAAAAGAAAGGAGGUCCUCUCCAUAAAAGAAGAGUUAGAGCGCGCAAGAGCAGAAAAGCAGCAGCUGAUGUCUUCCAUGAAGGAUGUUGUUCAAGGUGCAGAAAGUUAUCAGAAUCUUUUAGUAGAGUAUGACCGACAAGUGGAGCUGCUGGAACUGGAGAAGGAGAAGGUCCGAUCCACAGAGCACCAGCUAGAAGAGCUUUCUCGUCAGCGGAGAACUGCCAUGUUAGAGCAAGAAAAAAUGAACUCUGUCCAUGAAGACCUAGUGACCCGUUUGGAAACCUUGCAGUCCAACAACAAGUUACUUGAAGCUCAAAUUCUGGAAAGUCAGAAAACGAAAGCUGCAUUAGAGAGAGAUUUGGAAGCUGAGAGAUUGAUAAAAGAACAGAAAGUGAAGGAUCAUAACUGUGCCCUAAAACAGAUUGAAGAGCUUCAAGUGCAGCUCGAGAAAGAGAAAAAACAGCUCCACAAAGUCACACAGGACUUUGAACUUGUCAGAAAGGAUGCACAGAAGAGCACACUGAUGGACAUGGAAAUGGCUGAUUACGAACGCUUGGUCAAAGAGCUCAACCAAAAGAUUACCAGCAAGAGCAGCCAGCUGGAGGAGCUGGAGCAGGAGGUCCGUGCGCAGAAGCAGAGGCAGGAUAUUCUACAAGAAGAAAUAUCAUCCCUACAGACCACCUUGGAGCAGCAUGAGGAGCGGAGUACAAAGAUGAAGCAAUUGCUGGUUAAGACUAAAAAGGAGCUGGCUGAUAGUAAGCAGACGGAAUCUGAUCAUUUGAUACUCCAAGCCUCACUAAAAGGUGAACUGGAGGCGAGCCACCAACUUGUGGAAGCCUAUAAGAUUCAAGUAGCAGAACUGACUUCUGAGAAGCACAAGGUACAAGAACAACUCAGGGCAUUGACAGAGCAACAUCAACGGGCAGCUAAUGCAUACCAACAAAAACUACUGGCACUUCAAGAGGAGAGCACGGCUGCAAAGGCUGGACAAGCUGCAGUUACUGCUGAAUUUGAAAGCUACAAAGUCCGUGUUCAUAAUGUGUUAAAACAGCAGAAGAAUAAAUCUGCAUCCCAGGCUGAACAAGAGAUCUUCAAAAAAGAACGGGAACACCUACAGACAAUGUUGGAUCAAGUGAAAGCCAAGCUUCAGGAAACCCAGCACACUCUACAGAUGAACACGGCGGAGCUCCAGGCUCUGCAGUCCGAACAUGACAUGCUGCUGGAGAGACAUAAUAAGAUGCUGCAGGAGACUGUGACAAAGGAAGCCGAGCUGAGGGAAAAGCUAUGCACACUACAGUCAGAGAAUAUGGUCCUAAAGACUGAGCAUGCUCAGGUGAUCAGUCAGUUGAGUGCCCAAAAUGAGGCACAGCGGAACAAUUUCAUGGACCAAGUGAGACGUUUGCAGGAUGAUCAUAGGAAGACUAUGGAAACCUUACAGCAGCAGCUGUCUAAAGUGGAGACACAGCUCUUCCAAGUUAAGAGCGAGGCUACUGUUACAAGUCCCUCAGGUUCCCAGCCGCCUCUGAAAAGCUCACGGGAAAGAAGACCAGCUGAUCUUCAUAUCCUGGAUUUAUACUCCAUUGCCAGGGAGGAAGGAGAAGGAAUGGAAACCACGGAUAAUGAGUCUGUGUCCUCUGCCAGCACGUAUGCAGCUACAUUAGAACAGCUCCUCAACUCUUCCGACUUAAAAACGGCUGCAGAUAUUCCUCAGUGGCAUCCAGAAAUGUCCAAAGAAGAAUUAACUGAGAAGCUCAACACAACGUCAAAGAGUGUUGACCAUCUGAGUGGUCUUCUGCAUGAGACAGAGGCAACCAACGCUGUGCUCAUGGAGCAAAUAACACUCCUCAAGAAUGAAAUCCGCCGCCUAGAAAGGAACCAAGAAAGAGAAAAAUCUGUUGCAAAUUUGGAAUAUCUCAAAAAUGUCCUGCUCCAGUUCAUUUUUCUGAAGGCAGGCAGCGAAAGGCAGCGUCUUCUUCCAGUCAUAGACACUAUGUUGCAGCUGAGUCCAGAAGAGAAAGGAAAACUGUUUGCCAUUGCUCAGGGGGAAGAAGAGUCUGCUGCACGGCCAGCUGGAUGGGCCUCUUAUCUCCACAGCUGGUCAGGGCUUCGGUAGUUCUAAGGUCAUUGAUGGAUCUUCAACAAACUUUGCAGAUUUGCACUUUAUUCCUCCUUAUUUCCUAGUGUUUGUGUAAUUGUCUCGAUUGUGAAACUGGAACCUAAAUGUCUCUCAAACUGAACAAAAUAUAAAAAUCUGAGUGCCUAUUUAACUGUUAUGUGGACGAUCUGCACAGCACACUUUCUUACAAUUGUUUACUGUAUUCUUCUUAAUUUAUAUGGUGUUUUAAUGAUUUCUCCAGGUUUAUUUAAAUUUUUUUAUUCCAUUGCCAUUCAAGAAAACAGUAUGUGCAAAAUCAUUUUCAGCACACUUUUUUUUUUAUAUAUAUAUUAUGUAAGCAGGAAGAAGGAAUUUGAUUAUAUAUAUAUAUCUCCUGAGGCAUUAUGUAUGGCAUUUAAUAUAAACCAAAGAAUGUAUAUGAAUUAUAAUUGAUAGGAUGAGUAUAGGUUAGGGGUUAAAAUUAAAUGUGUUAUACACAGCAUUGUGUCAAAGGACAGUGUAGAUUGCUGGAGAGGCAAUUUGAUUCAGAAAAUGAUGACUAAUGCUGGGUUUACACGGCCUGAUUUUCAGGCCAGUUAUCAGAAAGAAAAUUAGUGCGAACGCUCGUUCCCGAUAAUCUGCCUAUGCAAAUGUGCCUCAGAUCACCCGAUGAGCAAUCAAAAUGCUCGUUCAUGGGAUGAAAUAAUCACUCAUUCGGACCCCUCAAUCACAGAUAACAGUGCUGUGUGAACAGUGAUCUGCUGCCCAUAAGCAAUGAAUCUGUAUGAGGACAAAGUCAAACAAUGGUGGAAGCCAUUAUUCAUUCCCAUACAGUGGAAGUGAUGGCUGCGCUUAAAUGCAGCACUUCACCUCCGCUGAAGAGCAGGCAGUUAUCGGGAAGGAACGGUCCCUUCCCGGAUAACUGCCUACUCGGUCACGCCAUAUAAAUCCAGCUUUACUUUUAGGAAUUUGCUGUUAAUUAUUUAUGUUCUCCAAGUGUUUUCUGUGAAUCACUCCAGAUGUUGUGUUGUAAGCUUUAAUAAUGCUGAUUGUCUAGUGUUGGUACAAAGGAGACUAUUGCCAGACUAUGUCGACAUAUAUGUUACAGGCCACGACUUUUCUGUUUACUUACCUAGGUAUUUAAAGAGAACCAGUCAAGGGAUUUAUGCUGCCAUAUCGUAGAGCAGAAUAUGAGGGAGAGAAGAUGAGCUCUGUGAUAUAUAGGUUUAUAUUUGGAAAAUGAUUUCUGAGUAAAAAGCAGAGUAAUCUUGACAUGACUCCUAGGUAAGACAGUAAGAGUUCUGAUUCCUCCACCUAUACGGAAUGAUUGACAGCCUUCUAUGUACACACUGAUGCAGGGAGAGCUGUCAAUAAUUCUGUAUGGGUGGGGUAACCAGGACUCUUGCUGUCUCAUAAGAGUCAUGUCAGGAUUUACUGUUUUUUACAGUUUUUAUAUGACCCAGAUCAUAUAAACCUAUAUAUCACAGAGCUCAGCUUCUCCACAUCUAUCAUAUAAACCUAUAUAUCACAGAGCUCAGCUUCUCCCCUCUAUCAUAUAAACCUAUAUAUCACAGAGCUCAGCUUCUCCCCCUCUAUGAUAUAAACCUAUAUAUCACAGAGCUCAGCUUCUCCACAUCUAUCAUAUAAACCUAUAUAUCACAGAGCUCAGCUUCUCCCCUCUAUGAUAUAAACCUAUAUAUCACAGAACUCUGCUUCUCCCCUCUAUGAUAUAAACCUAUAUAUCACAGAGCUCAGCUUCUCCACAUCUAUCAUAUAAACCUAUAUAUCACAGAGCUCAGCUUCUCCCCUCUAUCAUAUAAACCUAUAUAUCACAGAACUCUGCUUCUCCCCCUCUAUGAUAUAAACCUAUAUAUCACAGAGCUCAGCUUCUCCACAUCUAUCAUAUAAACCUAUAUAUCACAGAGCUCAGCUUUUCCCCUCUAUUAUAUGAACCUAUAUAUCACAGAGCUCAGCUUCUCCACAUCUAUCAUAUAAACCUAUAUAUCACAGAGCUCAGCUUCUCCACAUCUAUCAUAUAAACCUAUAUAUCACAGAACUCCGCUUUUCCCCUCUAUUAUAUGAACCUAUAUAUCACAGAGCUCAGCUUCUCCACAUCUAUCAUAUAAACCUAUAUAUCACAGAGCUCAGCUUCUCCCCUCUAUCAUAUAAACCUAUAUAUCACAGAGCUCAGCUUCUCCCCUCUAUCAUAUAACCCUAUAUAUCACAGAGCUCAGCUUCUCCCCUCUAUCAUAUAACCCUAUAUAUCACAGAGCUCAGCUUCUCCCCUCUAUCAUAUAACCCUAUAUAUCACAGAGCUCAGCUUCUCCACAUCUAUCAUAUAAAACUAUAUAUCACAGAAAUCAGCUUCUCCACAUCUAUCAUAUAAACCUAUAUAUCACAGAGCUCAGCUUCUCCCCUCUAUCAUAUAACCCUAUAUAUCACAGAGCUCAGCUUCUCCCCUCUAUCAUAUAACCCUAUAUAUCACAGAGCUCAGCUUCUCCCCCUCUAUCAUAUAAACCUAUAUAUCACAGAGCUCAGCUUCUCCCCUCUAUCAUAUAACCCUAUAUAUCACAGAGCUCAGCUUCUCCCCUCUAUCAUAUAACCCUAUAUAUCACAGAGCUCAGCUUCUCCCCUCUAUCAUAUCCUGCUCUCAGAUGGGGCAUAAUAAAGCACCUUGGUCUUUUCACAAUAAGUGUGAGCAUAUAUGGAGUUUAGGGUUUUACAUUCGCCUGUAUGCAUGUCACUGAACAGCCUGAGACAGUUGGUGUAUUCUUGGAAAACUUAUUCUAUUGGUCUUUAUUUAAAAUUUCCAGCAGGUAUUGUACUGCAUGGGUUAAUUGAGAGUGCAUUUCCAGUUUUUUGAACACUUGACAGCUCAUAAAUACUUAUUCCAGCUCAAUUCUUGUCACACUGAUAUAUGGCUUCAGGAGAUCACAUGAGCCAUCAAUUAAAGGGAUUCAAUGUAAACACAGAACCUGCUGCUAUGCAGAUACACAGAUUGCACUGUAAAAAGUGUCUGAAAAGACCAAUUGAAAAAAUAUUUAGCCCAAAAUAGGUAGAAUGCAGUAAUAAAAAAUUGCCCCCGAAGGUGUCCAUAUCCUUUAAAGGGUUCCUCCAGUUUGUAGGUACUAGAGACACAUUAAGGAACUGUAUGAACUGCAUUUCUUUUGUUAAUAACUAAAUUAUUUGCACUGGAAAUGGGAGAUUCUCCAUAUCACAACAGAGAGCAUCUUUCUUUCCAGCUUAUUGCAACAGUCUGUAGUCUGCAUCUCCUUUACAUACAGUGUAUUGCAAUGACCAAUGACCUGUUGGCUGCUGAGAGGAACUCGGGGUUGCCACCAGAGUUUAGAUAUUUUCCUAGCUGAACAGGGAAUUGCUGUUUAUGAUUUUUUUAUUUAUUAUAUUUUUAAAAAACUUCCAAUCCAGUUGAGGUUCUUUCUGAACUGAUGGACACACAUGCUCGCUCACUCUUCCCAAAACCGUGUGUCAUCAUAAUCAUCCUCUGUUCAAUGCAGAGGAGCCAAUAGAUAAAACUUUCUCAUCUGCUUGUCCAAGAAACAACAUAGCUUCUGCUGCAGCCUUGCAGUAUAGGUGAGAAGACUUUCUGCAAGAGAGCUAAGAAUAAGCUAUAUAGCCACCUGCCAGAGGGAGAAGGAGACCGAUUCUGUCCAGAGCUUGCCAGCAGCAGCAGCCGGGGGCGACACAGUGAAGCAAAAUUUAUGAAAUAGGCAUUUUUAUUAUGCUAGAAAAAUAUAAAUGACAUUGUAAUGGCUAUAAACAGCCUUUUAAUACUUUAGGGAUUAAAAUGAAUUAUGGGAACCAACCCCUUUUAAGGUAGCAUCAUGCAGAAAGUGGAGUCAUUUACCUGCUUUGUCUUUUACAAUGUGAAAUCUUGUGUAAAUAGAUGCUGAAAAGAUGGUCUUGAAGUGUAGUGAUCGGAACAGGUCAUAUUGUGGCCUAGGUGACCAUAGGCCUAGGUGACCACCAGCAAUAGACUCUAUUGCUAAGUUUCUAUUCAUUAUUAUUAUUAUUAUUUUAACUUUAUGCAAAGUUGCAAUGUUUUUUGUCUUACAUUUCUCUAUUCUCAGGAUUUGACCUUCAGUCUGAGACCGUGUCUUUAUCAUUGGAUGAACCUAGCUACCAGAACCAUCCACUGUGGCAGCAGAAGUGCCACUGCCUUGUGAUGGAGUACCAUUUAGAAAGAUAUAUCCAAAAAUUGCUGCCAUUUUCUAUGAUAAUGUGAAAGACUGACUGCUACAAAGUUUACUGCAGUUUUACAGGAAUAUAUAGAUGUGAAUUGAAGUUCUUUUGUAUGGAGAGACAUUUUUAAAGACUUUUUAAUCAAAUGAUACAGUCCAACCUAUAUAUGCUGAUUGUAAAUUCGCCUAAUAAUUAUAAAUUGCUUUUGAGAAUAACCAAAUGUAUUGCAGUCGGAAAGGUUUAUUGGUUGUAAAUGCCCCCAUUGUGGGUGGAACCUACCAGCCCACAAUCUAAGGGCCCUUGCACACGACCGUAUGCCCCCCGAGACAUACCGUUCGUGAGCGGGCCAUAUGUCCCGGAGCGGCAUACAUCGUGCGCACGGGAGCGCACAGCAUCAUAGGUUACUAUGAUAGGACUAUUGUCCUGCACUCAUAUAAUCAUAUGAGUACUGGACAAUAGCCCCGCGGGCGGCCCGAUGAGCACAGUAUCAUAGUAACCUAUGAUGUUGUGCGCACGAAGGGCCAUAUGGCAUGCUCACGGACCGUAUGUCUCGGAGGGCAUACGGUCGUGUACAGGAGCCCUAAUGUGUAUGGGCAGCUCCUGGCAGAUCAUGUUGAGGGAGAGAAGGAUGGGGCACGUUGAACUUUAAUGCUUGAUCCUUUUGUUCUCCAAGGAAAUGAGCCACCAUCAGAGGUAUCGGUCUUCCCACCAAACCAAGCAUGUAUGGGGAUGUCAGGAAAGAAGGAUGUAGAAGGUGUAAGACCCCUAUUGAGGGCUCCUUCACUAUAAAAUGUAUGGCACAGGCAUGCUAAUAUUACUCCUUACUAUGUAUAGCAGCUUUUCUAUAAAUGUAUUUCAAACUAUUUGGGCAGAAUGAAAAUCUAUGCAUGCUACGAAGGAUGACUGAUUUAGUAGUGAUUGUUUUCUCCCUUGAUUAUGGAGGCGAUUUGACGUUUGUAUGUCGCGUUUGUCUGGUUAUGUUGGCGUGAAUGGAUGUCCCUUUAGUUCGCCUCUGAGAGGUCUUAUCUGCUGAUUUCCAAGCUGCUGUCAGGUUAUGUGUUUUCACACAAGUUGGUUGUGUAGCUUUUUGAUGCAGUUUUGCUGUAAAAAGCCACAAAACUGGCACAUGUAGAGGCCCCCUUCUGUGAAUUAUUGGACUCGUAAUGAAUGUUGCAUAGUGGAGUGAAAACAGCUUGGCGUGGAUGUAAGCUUUAGCUCCACAGCGCAAUGUUUACUGGAAUGGCUGAUGAAGUAAAGCGUAGAAGCCUCAUGCGUUUUAACCGCUGCUUAAGAAAAAAAAAAGCUUGCAUUUUGUGUGGGCAUGCCCUGGUUGUAGCCAUAGAGCGUGGCUGGGCUUGGGAUCCGGAGUUUUUUCCUUUUUGGAAGUGCACACAUUUCUAAAAUGUCUGUGACCCCAGCUUACAGCUAUAUAAACUGUGAAUAAAACCACCAAUUCCUGCACACUGUAAUAUCUCUCCUAAUAAAGACAUUUUGAAUUCUCAAA